AUGUCCAGUGUCACUUGUGUUCUCGCCUUUCUUCUGCUUAGCAGUCAAUUUCCCAAGGAAACAAAUCGCCUGGUAUUAGUGGGGAAUGCAGCAGAGAACAAUUAUGCCAUGUACGAACCACCACCGAGCCUUCUCUUCCCCACGCCAAAAAAUAAAGCUAUAUUAAUGGCAAAAUAUCAAGCAGAGCAAGAAGGAACAUCAAUCACAUCUUACUGCUCAUAUAUCCUUGAUAUGGCUAGCAUUAUGAGUGAAAUAUCUGUGAACCUAACGAAGAAAAGGCGAAUUUUCGACCUGGAGUUCGAGGCUAGCAGUGGCAGCUUUUCAAAUUGUUAUACGAAGAUCGUAGAUCAUAGGAAUCUACAUCGGGGACCCAUCAGUUUAAAAUUUAUACAACUCAACUACCAGUGUACAAAAGCACACAUUGCAAGGUUAGCUGCAGAGGGAAGCGUGAAAGUUACGGGAAAAUAUAGAUGUUUUGCCCCGUACUCCGGCGCUCAACAAAUAACCAUCGACGCAGAUAGCGAGACGGAAUUAAGUCAAGACUCAAGGCAUAGAGAGGCUUUCUAUGGUGAAGAGGUAAAUGAUAUGGUGCAUGCACUUGUCUGGUAUCAGGGUCAUCUGCAUAUAUUCCAGAGCCUGUCAAGACUUGGGAGCUACUGGUAUCAAUUAAGUUCUAUCGGUCACGAAGAAAAUAACGGGAAAGUUAUCUACGACUUCAUAUCGAAAAAUGUGGAGUCUUUUCAGAACUUCAAAUCCAUGUUGGAGGAGAAAAAGUCUAGCUUCCAGGUAAAAUCUGGGCGUAAAUCACAUAGUAGAUUGCAGGUGAUACGCAUCUCGAUCUUCAAGCAUUUUAAGAUGAGAAAGUUUGUUCACCACAGCUUAAAGAUGAUGAUGGUCUCGGGCCAUGUGUUCUGUCAUGAUGGCUCGUUGAAGCCAUUAGCCAGCGAAAUAGAGCCUAAUUCUGACAGUCAAGUCAGCGAGAAAAAAUAUCCUACGCAACCAGUUGUCACCUAA